CAGACAUUGUUGUUAUUCAAAAGAAAUGAAUUUUUCAAAUUUUUUCUCAUCAUUUGCCAUAACGUUUUUGUUGAUUAAUUAUGGAAUCGAAGUGAAAUCAGAAAAAGCAUUAAUUUACGAUUAUGCAGCCGCUCUCGAUGGUGUUCCCGGUGACCUCGUCGAGUUCCAAAACCCCGCCGAUUUACAAUCAUGCGAAACUUGCAUAAUGGCUUGCCCAGCUUCCUCAAAACCAGAAAAAGAAUUCGACAAAGAUGAUUCUCUUACCGGAAGUAGUAUUUUUCUCAGAAAAACAGACCCAAAUUUCCAAAUUGAUAUUUGUGACGGGCAAUUCAAACCUGGACUGAUUUGGGAUGAAAAGAAAAAGUUCUACAUGAGCGGUUAUGAGCUGUACUAUGACGAAGGACGGAUCGAUUUGCAAUUUGACAAAUACGAAAAUUUCAGAAAAGUGCCCAUUGCAGAAAUAUUCGAUUCCAAACUGGAUAUUCAGGAUAUCGAUAUGAAGCAAUACUAUGAAGAACAACAUCCAAGCAGCGAUCGCGUGAAUAGGUACAAGUCAGGGCGAAAUACAAUAUUUGAGAUACUCGAUGAAUCGUCAAAUCCUCAAAAAUGGGUAUUUUUCUUUAUUCGAGUAUUAGUAAUUCGUGGAAAAGCAUACACCAGACAAAUCACAUUAGCUGAUAGAGAAGUAAUCAAAGUUGAUAAACCUGACCAAACGAUGACCGAAUGCAAAGACUACAGCAUCGGCGAUGAUGGUCAAACAAGUGACACUAAAAAUUUUCAUAAAAGUUUAAUAGACUAG